AUGCCACCGCCGAAGCCGGCGCCAACGCAUUUUCUCUGCCUCCCGCUCGCCGGGCCGCAGCUGGGCCGGAACUGGGCGGCGUUCCGCGCCGACGUGACGAGCCCCGCGGGCGCCGCGCUGCCAGGCGACGCCGUCCGGCCGCUGGGGACGCUGCACCUGACCCUGGGCGUCAUGAGCCUGAAGCCUGACGGCGUCGACGGGGCGGUGCGCGUGCUCGAGGGUCUGCGGCCCAGGGCGCUGCUGGCCGAGCUGAGGGCGGCAUCGACGGCGGCGGCGCCCGUGCCCAACGACCAAGGAAUGCACGCUCCCAGGCCGGACCACGGCGGCGGGCUGGCCGUUACGCUCCGAGGCCUGCACGCCAUGCACUCGGCCUCCAAGACGUCGGUGCUAUACGCCGCCCCGCACGACCCCGACGGCCUCGUCCGCCGCUUCUGCGAGCUGCUGCGGCAGCCGUUCCGCGACGCGGGCCUCGUCGAGGACGACAGGCGGCCGCUGCUGCUGCACGCGACGCUGGUCAACACCAUCUACGUCAAGGGCGGCAGAGGCGGGGGGGGGCGCCGCGAGCGCAUGACGGUCGACGCGAGGGAGGUGCUGCAGCGCUACGGCGAGUUCGUGUGGGCCGAGGGCUUGCCGCUGACGAAGCUGGCGAUUUGCAGGAUGGGCGCCAAGAAGGUCGAGGGGGGCGACGGUGGCGAUGCCGCGUACGAGGUGGAGGCCGAGACGGAUAUCUGA